ACCAUUCCCGGAUCGCACAGCAUAGUCCAAUAUCGAGCCGGAGGAGCACAUGGUCUUUUCGUCUCUACUCGCUACUCGGACUCCCUACUCGCUAAGUCCCGUAUAGUUUUUGCCCGUUCCCAGUUUACGUCAUUCUCGUCCUUAGUUCUCACCUAACCGAAGACAGAAAUUAAGAUGUCUACCAAAAAAUUGUCAAACGAUACUGAAGAUGCAGCACUAAUAAAAAAAGAUGCCAAAUCUUUAAACGAUGUCGCCAAACAGUUAUCACCUUCCUUGACUGAUAAGGAGCAAUAUCUUGUACAACUGCCUAAAUCUGUAAGAAGGAGGCUUCUGGCACUAAAGAAACUGCAGCUCGAAGCGACACAUAUUGAAGCGGACUUUUUCAUGGAAAUUCACAAAAUGGAAUGUCGCUAUCAUCAGUUGUAUUCAAAAUUAUACGAAAAGAGGCAACAGAUUGUGAAUGGCACUUAUGAACCGACAGAUGACGAUUGUGAAUUUCCAGAAGGGAAGUACAAAUCAUCUUUGGCCCUUGAUGAGUUUGGAAAUGAUGUACUUGGACAGCUUUUACCAGAAAGUGCCAACAAAAUGGAUAAUGAUGUUAAAGGAAUUCCAAACUUUUGGUUAACCAUUUUUAAGAAUGUAGCUUUAUUGAAUGAUAUGGUACAACCUCACGAUGAACCUAUUUUGAAACAUCUACAAGACAUUAAAGUUGUAUUUUUAGAGAGUAAUCCAAUGGGAUUUAUCCUUGAAUUUCAUUUUAGUCCAAAUGAAUACUUCUCCAAUUCAGUACUCACAAAACGCUAUGAAAUGAAAUGUGCUCCAUCACCUGAAGAUCCCUUCAGUUUUGAAGGGCCUGAGAUUUAUACUUGCAAGGGUUGUGUUAUUAACUGGUAUAAAGGUAAAAAUGUUACUAUGAAAGUAAUCAAGAAGCAGCAGAAGCAUAGAUCGAAGGGAAUUGUUAGAACAGUUAUGAAAACUUUACAAAAUCAUUCAUUUUUCAACUUUUUCACCCCACCUAAAUUUUCUGAUGAUAGUGAUGCUGACAUUGAGGCAGAAUUCGAUGAAGAAAUUAAAAAUCUGUUAACAACUGACUUUGAAAUUGGCCAUUAUAUUAGGGAAAGGAUAGUUCCUCAUGCUGUGUUGUAUAUCACAGGUGAGGCUUUCGAAGAUGAAGAAGAGUAUGAGGAAGUUGAGGAAAGUGAAGAUGCUGUAACAACAGACAGUGAGGAAGCAGCGCCUGGUGCCAUUACCAAAAUCGCUAAAGAAAAUUACAAAUUUCCAAACACCAAUAACCCAAAUACUCAGAACGAAUGUACACAACAAUAAUAAAAGCCAGUACAAUCAAAAAUAGAAUGGGGUACAAAACGUUUAUGUCAAAAUGUACUUUUACUCUGCCAAAUCUUGGUAUAUUAAAAAAACAAAAAAAACCUAAUCAUGAUUCACUGAAAAACAUAUGAUGAACAGUUGUAUUUUAUCCUCAUAAAAAUUCAAGUAUUUGUAGUUAAUAUGUUUCUAUUAUUUCAAUUAAUUAUUAAUUUAAAAAAAACAAAAAAAA